AUGCCCUUCCCUCUCGAAGUGUGCAUUGACUCUUUGGACGCCGCACUCGCUGCGGCGCCCCACCUCCGCCCCGGCGACCGCUUCGAAGUGUGCAGCUCGCUGCUGGCUGGCGGUGGACUUACUCCAAGUAUGGGCCUCGUCCUCAUGCUAAGAGAACUGAUGCCCGAGAUUAAGCUCAUGGUCAUGAUCCGACCGCGGCCCGGCUCGUUCGUCUAUACUCCAGCCGAGGUCGACGUCAUGCUGGAGGACAUUCGGGCGGUCAAAGUCUCGGGGGCGCACGGUAUCGUCUUUGGCUGUCUACUGCGCGACGGCAACGUGGACGUCGCAACCGCAAAGAGGCUCGCCAAAGCCGCCCACCCGCUACCCGUUACCUUCCACCGCGCGUUCGACGUCACCCCUGACUGGCACGCGGCCCUGGAAGAUAUCGCCAACAUUCCAGGCAUCACCCGUAUCCUCACCAGCGGACACAUGGCAACUGCUCUCGACGGUGCGGCCGAGCUCCGCCAGCUGGCCAAUUUUGCGCCGGCCCACCUCUCCAUCCUCCCCGCGUCCGGAAUCAACGCCAUUACUUUACCCCGUGUUCUACAAAUUGUGCCAUUACACGAGGCCCACUUAUCCGCCGGUGGGAUCUAUACGCCGCCGACAGACCCCACGGGUGCGCGUGGCGAAGUGCUAGGGUUUGGGCGGAGCGAGUGGCGUCUCGACCCGGCCAAGCUCGCUGCCGUGCGUGACUGGGUCGACAAGAACACCUAG